UUUCCUGUUUAACACAGUAUGGCUUCUUCUCUGCUUUCUCCAACUACAACUUACCAGAAGCAAAACCCAAGACUCUCAUGGCUCUGUCCAUCAAAACCCACACUGAGGAAUCACAUUUCCUUCACAAAUCUUUCUGCAAGAAAAACCAUUAUCUGCAGUGCAUUUCUGGGAGAGGUUUCAGAAGAUUUACUGAGAGAUACUACUCUUCAAAUUGAUAAAUCAUUGACUCAAUUUCCAUUUUUGAAGUCUGGGUUUCUGAAAUUUGAGGGUGUUUUUGAUGGAUUACCAGAGGUGGAGAAAUGGGUCAUUCUGAUUUUUGGUGGACUGAUAUGGUUGUAUUUAACUGCUAGACCUGGUGUUCUUAUUGGUGCUAUUGAUGCUUAUAUUCUAGCUCCUCUACAAAUUGGUUUUGACAGUCUAUUAGGGAGGAGAAACUACAAAAGAACUGAUUUUAUUGUUGGGGAGCGAUUAGGUGAAGGCUCUUUUGGGAUUGUUUACUCAGGUGUAAUUGUACCGAAAAAUGUAAGCGUCGAAGAUCGUGUGCAGAAAAGAGGAAGAGCAUUGGAGCUGGACGGAAGGUUCAAGGAAAAAGUUAUUUUGAAAAAGGUAAAAGUUGGUACUCAAGGGGCAGAGGAAUGUGGUGAGUAUGAGGAGUGGUUUAACUAUAGGUUGUCAAGAGCAGCUCCUGAAACAUGUGCUGAGUUCCUCGGAAGUUUCGUAGCCGAUAAAACAAACUCACAAUUCAUUAAGGGUGGCAAAUGGCUUGUGUGGAAAUUUGAGGGAGAUCAAAAUCUAGCGGAUUACAUGAAAGACCGUAGCUUCCCUUUGAACUUGGAAUCGGUUAUGUUUGGGCGUGUCUUAAACGGACUAGAAUCAAAUGAACGGAAUGCUUUGAUUAUUAAGCAAAUAUUGCGUCAGAUUAUAACGUCUUUGAAGAAGAUACACGACACAGGAAUAGUUCAUCGAGACGUUAAACCAGCUAACUUGGUUGUGACAAGAAAGGGGCAGAUCAAGCUCAUUGAUUUCGGUGCUGCCACAGACCUCAGGAUUGGCAAGAACUAUGUGCCUGACCGUACCUUGCUUGAUCCAGAUUUUUGUCCUCCUGAGUUGUAUGUGCUUCCUGAGGAAACACCAAAGCCUCCUCCGGAGCCAAUAGCAGCUUUACUUUCUCCUAUUGUUUGGCAGCUGAACAGUCCAGAUCUGUUCGACAUGUACUCUGCUGGAAUUACACUCUUGCAAAUGGCUAUCCCUAGUUUAAGAUCCUCAGCUGGAUUAAAGAAUUUCAAUACAGAAAUAAAAGCCGCUGGAUAUGACUUGAAGAAAUGGAGGGAAGUUACUAGGUUAAGGCCUGAUUUUCGGCUUCUCGAUCUUGACUCUGGUAGGGGAUGGGACCUGGCUACUAAGCUUAUCUCAGAAAGAGGUUUCCUUAGAAGAGGGAGGUUAUCAGCUUCUGCAGCUUUAAGGCAUCCUUACUUCUUGUUGGGAGGUGACCAGGCUGCUUCUGUCCUUUCAAAACUAAGCUUGAGCAAGUAGCAAUAGAAGCUUGAGAAAGCAGCAAAUUGCUUGGAAAUUUCAUGGCAUUUCGCACAAGCACAUCAUCUUCUGUCACAACUUUAAACUCAAAAAGUUCCUGCGUGAUAAAUAGACUUGCCUUGAGGAAUGUCCCUUUUAUUUUCCUUCUAUUGAGCAUUAAGAAUCCAUUCACCCUUAUAUAAAUGUAGAUAAAACGGAUACUAAUAUACAACAUGACAAGAGGUUUUCCUUCUUCCUGAAAUGUACUUGUACCUUUAGCAUUGAUGAAAUAUGCUAGUAUUCCUUGAGGUCA